AUGAUAUGUGAUGGGAAAACAGACCUAUUGCCACUAUUGAUUAAUGGACAAAAUGAAACAGAUGAAACGCAAUGCCAUCAUUGGCCAUGCAAUAAUACUUACUCUAGAUGUGAUCAAUUCUGGUUAUGUAAAAAUGGAGCUGAUGAAAUUAAUUGUCCAUCAUCGACUUGUCCUGAAUUCCAUCAUGAGUGUAUUUUCCCAAAUGAUACAUCGAAAAUUUCAUGUUUACCCAUAACUAGUGCAUAUAAUGGCAUUAAUGAUUGUCUUGGUGGGACAGAUGAACGAAGAGGGUAUAGAAAAUCUCCACCUCCGAUCCUUAUGAGAUAUUAUUUUCGCUGUUGGAAUGAUACGAAAUACAUCGACGUCGAUCAACUUUGUAAUAGGGUGAAAAAUUGUCCGUUUAAUGACGACGAAACCUUUUGUAAAAACUUUGGAUUUGAAAAAUAUCCGUAUUGCACUUUCUCAAAAAUUUUCCAAACAGACGUGGAAAAUUUUCUCUGUAAUUUUGGAGGUAACAUUAAUCGAGGAGAGAAGACAUUUUUAAAAUUACAUAAUAUGCCAACCUAUCCAAUGCAGCCGCCAGCGACUGAGAAAACAUCGAUGACACCGCAAAUUAGAAUAAAAACUAGUUUAAUUCAGAAUAGUCCACUUAUCGAUGUUUCAGUGUUUCAAAAAUGGUGGUGUAAUCGAGGAGUACCCAUUCGUGUUCGAAUGGACAAUACUGCAUCUAAAUUGGCUUGUCUUUGCUCACCAAGCUACUACGGAAAUAAAUGUCAAUAUCAAAGUCAACGUGUUAGCCUCACGCUUAGCAUUCGCGUAAUAGCAGACUGGCGCAGUGUAUUUAUUCUCCUAAUCACUCUUAUUGACGAUGAAAGAAACAUUGAAUCUCAUGAUCAUAUUGAAUACUUACCUAUUCGAGACUGUAGCAGUAAAUUUAAUAUUUAUUUACUUUAUUCUACUAGACCAAAAAAUUCAUCCAAAAACUAUUUAGUACAAAUCGAUGCUUUUAAACAAUUGACUAUGAAAUACAAAGGUAGUUGGAUUUUCCCACUUCAGUUUCCAUUUCUGCCUGUUCAUCGUCUUUCUGUAACGGUUAAACUCCCUUUUUCACCUGUGAAAUCUGUGUAUGAUUGCUGGCCACCAUGUAUGCACGGUGAAUGUUUUCAUUACAUCAACAGGCCAAGAUCAACAUUUUGUCAUUGUGAACCUGGUUGGACAGGUCUUCAAUGCACUGUGAAGUACACAUGCCAUUGUGCAACAGACGCGUUUUGCAUUAGCAAUGAAAUAUGUUUAUGUCCAUCUAAUCGUUUCGGUCCCCGAUGUCAUUUGCUUCAACUCUCGUGCCAAUCGGAACCAUGCACGAAUGGUGGACAAUGUGUCUCUACAGAUGUCAGAUUCACAUCCGUUUACGACACUAGAAAAUCAACUUGUCUUUGUCUUCAAGGAUACGUUGGGAGCCAUUGUGAGCAUCGAGAGGAACAAAGUCGGCUCCAUAUAUCUUUUAAUUACCGACUGAGUAUUCCGUCAAUGUUAUUAAUUCAUCUCAUUGCAGUUCACCAAAAUAACGAACAUAACAGAACAAGCAUUAUGAAAAAAAUUGCCUUGGACCAAUAUUCACUAGUAGUUUACACUUCAACUUCAUUCAAUAUUGCUAUUGCACAAAUAUCCCACCUAUAUUAUCUAAUUAUUCUUCGCAAACAAACUAUUACUUCGUCAAAUAUCGCUACAGAAAUUAUUCCCUCGCACCGAUGUCGAUCUAUUCAAGAACUUUUCAAUCAGACAUUUUCUAAUCAACAUUUGUUGACUCGCAUCAAAUAUUAUCAUAUUUCAUGUAAAAGGCACUCCGAAUUGGUCUGUUUCUAUGAUGAGAUUCACUUUUGCUUGUGUACUCUUGAUCGGCAAGCCAAUUGCUUUGCAUUCGAUCAUAAUAUGACCUAUGACUGUGGAGGAGACAAUUACUGUCAAAACGAGGGUCACUGUUUUUUGGAUAAUCCAAAAUGUCCAACGUUAUCAAUUUGUGCCUGCCAGCAAUGUUAUUUCGGAUCAAUAUGUCAGUUUUCUACAAAAGGAUUUGCUCUAUCGUUGGAUACUAUUUUAGGCUAUCAUAUACUUUCGAACGUCGAAAUCAGUCAACAACCUACUCUAAUAAAGGUUGCAAUAGCGGUUAGCACAAUUAUGCUUGUAAUUGGUGUCAUCAACAGUUUAUUUUCCAUUUUGGCCUUUCGAACAAAUGAAUCACGCACUGUUGGUUGCGGUCUCUAUCUUCUUGUAUCGUCACUUAUAUCUAUGAUCGUCAUGGUAGUAUUCUCUUUAAAGUUCUCAUUUCUCUUAAUAACACAAAUAGGUUUCAUCAGGAAUCGUUUAUUUUUGCGUAUACAGUGUACAUUUAUGGAAUUCUUCCUUAGAGUUUUGCUCACUACUGGCGAAUGGUUUACUGCAUGCGUUGCUGUUGAGCGAGCAGUGAGCGUCUUAAAAGGAGUCAAUUUCGACAAAUCAAAAAGUAAACAAGUGGCUAAGCGAAUGAUUCUGAUUGUCAUUCUUUUCACUACCUGUAUGUAUAUAUAUGAUCCACUUCAUCGUCACAUAAUAGAUGAUGAUGAAGAACAACGUUCAUGGUGUGUGAGUCAAUAUUCAUCACCUAUACAAAUCUUUGACUGGAUUUUGAAUAUCUUUCAUUUUUUUGUUCCGUUCACGAUCAAUUGUAUUUCUGCGUUAAUGAUCAUUAUCUUAGUAGCCCGUACUCGUGCGAACUCUCAGAAAACAAACUCGUUUAAAGAACAUCUACAAAAACAACUUCAGCAUCACAAACACUUACUGAUUUCACCAUUUAUUAUUGUUCUAUUAGCAUUACCUCGGUUAAUAAUAUCAUUUUUGUCGGGUUGUAUGAAAUCAGCUCGGGACUCAAGGUUCUAUCUCAUUGGUUACUUCGUUUCAUUUGUUCCAUCAAUUAUGACAUUUGUGAUAUUUGUUUUACCGUCGCAGAUGUACAAACGACAACUUAAAAAAUCACUCAAAGCUAUUCGCUACAGAUAGAUUUACGACUUUGUAUCAGUGCUAUACACUGUACGUCAUUGCAAAGUACUUGAACUUCAAUAAGGGGACCCCCCCCCCUUUCCGGCGUUUCUAAGAAACGGCCGAACGAAAAUUCCUGAAACUUGUAGGGUAGAUAGAUCUCGAGUAGUAGAGCAAAAGUUGUCAUAGACACAAAUUUGCCAGACGUCAUCUUUAUAGACUUUCAGAGACCCCAAGGUCAAAAACUUGCAAAAAGUUUUCUCUCCCGCAAAUCCGCAGAUUUCACCCGUUUGAGCUGAAUUUUUUACUGUGGGUAGACGGACCGAAUCGGGGUGGCCGUUUUUUUUUCGAAAAUUCCAAAUAUUUCAGGCUGUAAAACCAAAAUACUGAGCACUUCGCAAAAUCUCCAGGUUUUUUGGAUCCUAAAAAUUUUGCGAAGCCUUCCAAACUUGAUUGGUAGAAGGUAUCCAAAAAAAAUGCCCAACCCAAAUCACUUGAAGUCUCAACAAAAAAAUUUUCACCUCGAUCGAACUUGAAAUGGCGGAGAAAAAGGGGAAAAACUGGUUUUUGAUACCCAUAAAACUAGUUUCGAGAAAAAUGCAAAAUGAAAAAAAACUUGUAGAAAAAUUUUUUUUUCGUUUAUAGUAUAGAUAUACUUCGUACAUCAUGAUAUAACUACAUUAAAAAAAAAAAAUUUUUUUGUCGCAUGCCUCCAAACAACCUGGUUUUUCAGAGACUUCCCGACCUUGGAUGGUUCUAGUUUUCAUAGCACACCUAAAGGGGACCUUGAUACACCUUAGUAUUAAAAACAAAUUAGAAAAACAAAUUUUAGGCUUGGAAAAGAGGGGGUCUGAAUAAGCUUUUAUUAUCUCUCGCUGAGAGGGUGUGGGUGUGGGUGUGGGUGUGGGUGUGGGUGUGGGUGUGGGUGUGGGUGUGGGUGUGGGUGUGGGUGUGGGUGUGGGUGUGGGGGUGGGUGUGGGUGUGGGUGUGGGUGUGGGGGUG